AUGGUGGAGGAGGGUCAGGCCCUGGGCAGGGAGGAGGGGGCUGAGGUGGUGGCCGGGCAUGAAACCUGGUGGAGGAGAGAGGCCAGAGAGGCUGCCAGCAAGGCAACAAGGGCCACCAUGCUGCGGCGCAGGGUUGGGGACAUCAACACUGCCCUGAAGGGGACAAAUGGGGCGUCCCCCGAUGUCCCCGAGGGCUUGGUGGCCAAAGUGGCCGAGGCCGAGCAGCUGUGGGAGGCCAACGCCCGCCUGGCCAAGGAUCACCUGCUGGGGACACUUCAGGACAUCAAGUUCUAUUUCACUAUUGGUCCCGACCCCCAGAAUGCCUGUGGGGUGGCCGAGCGGUGCCAAAGAGCCAUCGAGGACAUCCCAAGGCUCCUUCAACCCCCAGAGUGUCCCCAGAGCAUCCCCGAGGUGUCCCCAGUGAGCAUGGAGCCCCAAAAGCUGUCCCCGGCCCUGCUGCAGCCACAGGUCACCAUGGUGGCUAUCCUGGGCGAGCUGCUGGACACCCUGCCCAGGUUGGAUGAGAUGAAUGUGCUCACGUCCCGAUGGGGCCUGUACUGGGACCUGGAAUACUUCAAGAGGAACCUACGGGCCACCCUGUACCGCACUGAUAGCACCUGGUGGCGCCACAAAAUCACCUCUGAUGAUGAUGCCCCUGUUACCUCACUGAGCUGGGCCCUGGCUGCCUACAAGAGCACCCCAGGGACCACCUGGGAACAUGUGACAGGGGCAGUCAGUGAGUGGCGGUCGUCAGUGUCUGUGCUUGUGGACAACUGGGCCCAGCUGGCCAGGAAGGCCACCAAGCUCCCCAAUGCCUGUGACGAGCUCAUAAGGACCCUUGGUUUCCCAAGUUUCUGGGUCUUUGACGAGAACUCGUGGACACUGUGA